AUGGACACGAGUGAGUUGGAAGCGCGGCUGCAGACGCUGGAGAGUCGUGUCUACGGAGACAGGAGGAGUAAAAGCUCAAAGCCGGUCAAAUGCUCCGAGUCCAUGGGCAGAAUCCAGACGGCUCUGGCUUGUACGGCCAACAAACGAGAGCGAGUGAAGAUCCUGCACAAAAAGAUCGAGGACCUGGUGAAGUACCUGGACCCUCAGUUCACGGAGCACAUCUCGGUCCCAGACGCCAUGAAGCUGGAGUUCAUCUUGGCAGAGGAGGACUUUCUCACCUCUCAGGCCGCUUCACUGGAGCAGGUGAACUCUCUGCAGCCGCUGCUCGACAGUAACUACAUCCGAGAUGUUCCGGAACACGCCACGAAGCUGCAGCGUCUUUCCCAAAUCCACAUCAAGCAACAGGACCAGAGCGACGCUCAGGCCGUGGAAGUGAAGAAAGUCUUCGACGAAUACAACAAAAUGAUGUUCCUGCUGUCCAAACAGUUCACUCAGUGGGACGAGACUCUGCGCGCGCUGGAGGAGGCCAAAGAGGCCAAAGGCAUCAGCCGCUCAGACGGAUCUCUGCUCGGGCACUCGGACCCGGAAGUGCAGAGAGGAGGAGCAGGGACAGAGCGUACAGAGGCUCCACACUGCACACUGUUCACCAGGGCUCCAGAGCUCUGCAGCCCGCUUCAGCCCGUCUCAGCCCGUCUCAGCCCGUCUCAGCCCGUCUCAGCCCGUCUCAGCCCGUCUCAGCCCGUCUCAGCCCGUCUCAGCCCGUCUCAGCCCGUCUCAGCCCGCCUCAGCAUGGACAGGGCGGCCGUGGUGAAGGUGGGAGCCGCUGCCAGUGCGGGGGUGUGCGCACUGGUCGGGGGGGUCGCGUUGGCGCAGUACGUCGUGGCCAAACAGAAGCGCGCGGGGAAAAAGACGCGGAUCAUCGAGAUGGCCCCACCCCCUGCAGGCACCUAUAAAACCCUGCUUCACACAAACAAUCUUUUCCUCAUUUUGCUUCGAGACGAGAACACAACAGCAGAGAUGCCACAGUUCGAGAAGUCCACGGUCCACAUGAAGGACCCCGAGCGAGUGGAGCAGAUCACCUGUGGCCUCAUCAAAGGAGGGGCCAGCAAACUGCAGAUCAUCACAGACUUCGACAUGACGUUAUCCAAGUUUCAAGUCAAUGGAAAACGCUGCCCCACCUGCCACAAUAUCAUCGACUACUCACAGCUCGUCACAGACGAGUGUCGGCAGAAGUUGGUGCAGCUGAAGAACCAGUACUAUCCCAUCGAGAUCGACCCACAGCUCAGCAUGGAGGACAAGUUCCCCUUCAUGGUGGAAUGGUAUUUUAAGUCUCACUCUCUGCUGGUGGAGCAGCGCAUACAGAAGGACAAACUGCCCCAGGCCGUGCGCGACUCCGACGCAGCGCUGCGAGAUGGAUACGAGCAGUUUUUCUCACGCCUGCAUCAGCACAACGUCCCCGUGUUCAUCUUCUCCGCGGGGCUGGGGGACGUCCUGGAGGAGAUCCUGCGGCAGGCCGGGGUCUACCUGCCCAACGUCAAAGUGCUCUCCAACUUCAUGGACUUCGACGACAACGGGGUGAUCCGCGGCUUCAAAGGCGAGCUGAUCCACGUGUACAACAAACACGACGGCGCCCUGAGGAACAGUGAGUACUUCAAGCAGCUGAAGGAGAACGGGAACGUGCUGCUGAUGGGGGACUCUCUGGGGGACCUCAGCAUGGCCGACGGCGUGGCCAACGUCGACCACAUCCUCAAGAUCGGCUUCCUCAACGACAAGGUGGAGGAGCGUCUGGACAAAUACCUGGAGCACUACGACAUCGUCCUGGUGCGAGACGAGACGCUGGAGGUGCCCAACUCCAUCCUGCAGAAGGUGCUCUGA